AUGCUGCCCUUUGUAUCGCCGGAGCCCCAGGUGACCCCGCGGCAUCCUGUCGGGGGCUACUCGAAUGGGUACCCGCGGGGCAAGACGUUCGAUAUUUUGCCGCACAGAUACCAACCACGCGGCACGAUCCCCACGACCCGCCGACGGACACAAUCACUCCUACGAAUUGGCGCAGUAGCGGCCAUCCUAUUUCUUAUCUUGCUCUACACCCUCCUCCGCGAGCCCUCGUCGCCAUCCUCGACCACCACCUCAACGUCUUCGACCCUAUCGCUUUUCUCCCUCGGUCUCCUCUCCUCCAGCGGCAGCGCCGACUUCCAACUUGAAACAGUACGGUACCAUGACCUCUCGAGCGUGCAGGGUACAGCGCGUGGAUGGGAGCGGGAGGAACGCAUCCUGAUCUGCGUACCGCUGCGCGAUGCGGAGGCGCACCUCUCGAUGUUCUUUUCCCACCUACACAAUCUGACCUACCCGCACCACUUGCUCGACCUGGCGUUUUUGGUGUCGGAUUCGAAAGAUAAUACUUUGGGGUUGCUUACGGAAAGCCUGGAGGCCCUUCAGGCGCAUGAGCAGGAGUCAAUGCAUUAUGGGGAGAUUUCAAUCAUUGAGAAAGAUUUUGGCCAGGUGGUGAAUCAGGAUGUGGAGAGCCGCCAUGGGUUUGCGGCGCAAGCGGGCAGAAGGAAACUGAUGGCGAGGGCGAGGAACUGGCUGUUGAGUGCUGCUCUGCGGCCGUAUCAUUCAUGGGUGUAUUGGCGAGAUGUGGAUGUUGAGACGGCGCCAUUUACGAUCUUGGAGGAUCUGAUGCGGCACAACAAAGACAUUAUUGUUCCAAAUGUCUGGCGCCCAUUGCCAGAAUGGCUCGGAGGAGAACAGCCGUAUGAUCUCAAUUCAUGGCAGGAAUCGGACACCGCCUUGACGCUGGCUGAUACGCUUGACGAAGACGCCGUGAUCGUUGAGGGGUACGCCGAGUAUGCCACGUACCGGCCACACUUGGCGUAUCUCCGCGACCCCUACGGUGACCCCGACGUAGAAAUGGAACUCGAUGGUGUCGGAGGUGUGAGCAUCUUGGCCAAGGCGAAGGUUUUUCGUUAUGGAGUGCAUUUCCCGGCGUUUAGCUUCGAGAAGCAUGCCGAGACUGAGGGGUUCGGAAAGAUGGCCCGUAGGAUGGAUCUGUCCGUCAUCGGCUUGCCCCAUUACACGAUAUGGCACGCCUACGAACCUAGCGUAGACGAUAUUAAGCAUAUGGAGCAAAUGAAAAGGGAGCAGUUAGCUCAGGAACAAGCCGAAAGAGAGAAAGCUGAGAGGGCUAUGAAGAUAAAGGAGUCUUUCAGCGAUGCUGCGGGGCAGUGGGAGAAGGACAAGGUAGGGAUGCAAAAUAUUGCCCAGGAAGACCAGAAGCAAAAGGCCCCUGCGGGUGACCCCGUCGAGGCUGUUUCUGGCGAUAACGCGGCCGUUUCUCAGAGCAAGGGGGCCGCCCAACCUGCCGGAGGCAAGGUGGAGGAAAAGGUCGUCGCCUGA